AUGGACCCCUCUCUUGACCUUUCCAAGCUCAGUGAUGCCGACAAGGCUGAUCUGCAGCAACAACUCGCCAACGAGCAGCAGAAGGCGACUAUCCAGCAGACCGUCCACUCCUUGAACGAGACUUGCUUCAAAAAGUGCACCUCCGCCAAGAGCUUCUCUUCUGGCACCCUCGACCGAACCGAAGAAGCUUGCGCCGCGAACUGCGUCGACCGAUGGAUGGAUUCACAAUUGUUGAUUCUGCAGAAGUUGGGAAGCAUGCGCCAGUAG